AUUCCCGCUUGGUGGUGUGCAAAGCAGCUUUGGAAUACUAUAAGAGGGCUGGUCCCCCAUAGCUGCCAUCAUAAAACAGCGCUUGCUAGCAGCAAAGUUCAGUUAAGCUUAAAAUCUUCACAGAAAAUAUUAUACCAAAACAAGAUGGGUUGCAAGGCUUGUGGAACCAACUGCCAGUGCUCGGCCACCAAGUGCGGCGACAACUGCGCCUGCAGCCAGCAGUGCCAGUGCUCGUGCAAGAACGGACCCAAGGACAAGUGCUGUGCCAAUAAGAACUAGAAAUGGCCAGCGAUAGGAAAAAUUCUUCAAAAAUAUCACGUCCAAAAUUCUGGAAAAUAUUAUAAAUGUUAGCAUAUUCUAAUUUUAAAUAUCGAAAAGUAUCUCAUUUAAUGUAAUUCAUUUAAUGUAUUUGCCUCAUUAUUUAAAUAUAUUGUUUCAAUAAAUCGAUGUAACAAUUUA